AUGCAAGCACUGGUCGUCGUGGACUUCUGUCUCCUGAUUGUUCUUUUAUGUAUUCCAGCAAGUUGUGACGUGCAAAUUAUAGAGCCCACGGUAGGAUUAAAAUUCGAUGUGUCCAAAGGCUCGACGGAUAUCAGGAUAAAAUGGGCUGUCACCGAGAAUGAUAUUCGAGAGGAAGAUAUCAGUUGUUAUAUUUUUACUCUGAUGUCAGGGCCCAAUACAAAUAUCCAAGUCAUGAGUUCUCUGGGUACGCUCUCUGCCAGCGACGUGAAAGGAAUGGAAUAUGUGUUCAACAUCAAGAAUACAGUCGGUUCGAACGGCGAUUAUUAUGUGCAGCUGCUAGCACAAGCGAAUGAUGGGUAUAGCAUCCAUUAUUGCAAUAGGUUUUCGUUAACCGGCAUGGUGGGCGAAAAUAAGGCAAGCAGUAGUGGUGAGAGAGAACCACCGCAGCCGGAAUUAAGAAUGAACACCAUGGAUGCACCAAUUGAGGUAGAUUCCGCAAGCUUUUCAGUUCCAUAUCAUUUGCAAAACGGCAGAGCAAAAUACGCGCCCAUGCAACAACAGCCAUUGACCAAGAUCACGGCCGUGUCCUGGAGAAGGAUACAUGAAACGAGUGCCCUUACAUUUUAUUCCGUGGUGAGGCCGUCCCCUGACAAAGUAACUACAAUUACUCCUGGUGUAUCGUAUGUCUUGAGUACGGGUCCAAACUGGGCAACAGCCGCUCCAAUGCCACGAGCAAAUGGUCAUUGGUAUCAUCCUAGAAAGAAAUUAUCUCUUAAACCGAGGAAGAUAAUUUUUUAA